GGCGUAUCAAGUCUUCUGUCGGCAGCUGCGGUUGCCACUUCCGGGUUGUCCUUCCGCAACGAGAUGGCUGUUCCGCAAAACGAGCCAACCCUUUCUCCAUAUCAGCAAAGAAUCGCCAAUUUAUUUAACGGCAAUACAUUUAGGAGAUCCUGUGGGAAGAAGAGAUUUACUUGCACCAGUCUCAGCAGGAAUAUUUCGGAGUUUCCUGCCUUGGAGGACUAUCUCCCCAAAAACUACGAUUAUCACGUCUGCGACUUCGACCUCAUCCGAGAGACGGGCGAUCACGUCGACUUUAAGACGACGUUCCGAAUGGUCUUGUCGUCAAAAGAAGACAUAAAGCUAUGGAUGAAAUCCCACGCCGUCACCUGGAGGGUGGACCGAACAUACGUAACCAAGGGCCAGAAAGUAAUUUUUAAGGUGGACUACAGGUGCCAGCGUAACACGAGACCCCGGCGCGCCGUUCAAGUGUCCGGCCACAGCAAAAACACGGACUGUCCCGCUAUGAUGUGCGUGAAACUGUUUCGGACUCAAGUGAGCAGAGGCAGGCAGAGUAUAAGCACAGAUUCUCACCUGCCUACCUUCCCUACAAUGGUGAGCAUCAUGAACGAGCACAACCACAACAUCGGCGCGCCCGAGUCGUUACCGUGUUUAGUCUCGGACAUCGCGGAGUACGAACUGGAGGUGGAAAUAGGGGACGAUUACGCGUUCGCCGUGGCAGACGGAACCCUUUCCCCGACCCCGGAGUUCAGCUACGGCUGGCUGGAAGAUCCAGGUGCGGAGGUGGUGGUAGAAGAUGUGGAACAGAACGCUUCAGAGGAAGCCUCGCAUCAAAUGGCGGCGUUGGAAUUUGACGCCAUGUGCCAAAAGCUGUCGGAGAUCGUCAAGAGCGACGAGUCCUUCGCCGCCCCGGCCGCGGCCGCGGUGAACGCCUUUAAAAAAAUCGAGAGGAAUCCGUUUCGCAUCGCGGCGGCACUGCGAACUUUCGCCCGCGACCCGAACGCCGGCUCGCCGUCGGCGAAAUCCAAAGGCCGCCGCGGGGCCGCCAGAGGCAAGGCGCCUUCGCGCGGAAGACGUCGUCUCGCCGCCGAACGCCCCGCCGAGGUCUGCGCGGGACUCGACCACGUAUACAGCCAAUGAGCCGACGCCGUCCGAAAGCGGUUCGAAAAUCAAGGCGACUCAGGAGUUUUCCAAGUCUAUUUGUAUUUAUUUGUGAGUUUUUGGAGCGUAUACUUUAUGGCAUUAUACAAUUGAAUAAAUGUGUGGAAAUGGCAUAAUAUCACAUUUGAUUGUAUAAAAAAAAGAAAUAGUGUGAAAUGUAUUGUUAUUAAAAAGACAUCCCAUCUCACACCUGCCGCUCGCCCCGCAGAGAUGUAGAAAAAGCGCGGAUGCCCCUUCAAGUACACACCGCGCUCCGCAUCGCAUCGGUGGGAUUUGCCAACGGCGAGUACUGCAAGAGAUGUUUUUUGUGUGUGUAAAGAACCUCAACCGAAAAAGUAUGCCUUAGUAUGCAUUGGUUUUAUUUGGUAGAUUGCUACGCAUUGUCUGUAUUAUCAAGCCUUGCUGUUUUAAAAAACAAACAAACCAAAAGCCUGAGUACAUGCCUUAAGCCUACUGUACAUCCAAAAUGUUUUGUUGCUUCUAAAAAAAAGUAAUUCCACUCAUUUCUGUUAAAAGAAAUGCACACUGUACAUUUUAUUUUUGUAUUAAAAAAAGGCUUUCAAUGUACGUUUUGUGUACUAAAAAUGCCUCGGGGUGCAUUGCUAUUUGUGGAAAGAACAAGUGUUUUGUGGAGCAAAAAUGUAUAUUACAGGGGAGAGCAGGGCGUGUUGUCACACGGGUAAGUUAUCACGUUGCAAAUGUUUUCUCCACCAGAGGUCGCAAGAAAAACAAACCCACUCGUUUUGUUCUUUUCCACGGUCAGGGGGUGCUUUCCUGUCUCGAGAAGAGAGUCGCACGUCGUGAGCAGAGAUGAGCGCCGAGCAACCUUUUUGCACAACCCAAGGAAGCCGGGAAGGAUUUGGAAUUUUCCGACUCGUCCUUCCGCACGGAGGUUCCCCGGACCGAAAAGGACCCGCGCCGAAAAUGGUAAACUGUCGUAAGACUAGCAUUGUGAAAUAAAAAGAUGUCGCAGUCCAAAAUAAUGCGGGGCUGUGAAUGUUUAUUUUGAGUGAGUGUAACGGUGUGGUCAGAGCUGUGCGGUUUAUGUGACAGUUAACAUAAAAGUAGAAUUGUACAAUCACAAUGAAUGCAAUUUGCUUCUUUAGGUGAUCAUUGUAUGAAAAUGGUGGCUUUCGAAAUGUUUUAAGUGUCCUAGCAAUUCAGCUACGUUAAAAAUCAGAGUGCAAAACGGCGGUUGUGCCUUUUAGUCAUCGGUGACAAAUGUACAGGCCAAAAGCAUACUUGGAAAUCUGUUAACUAAUAGAUCAUCUGAAAUGCGGUUUCGGCUUACCUGUAACGCAUCUCACGAAACGUCAACACACGAGAAGACGACUUGCCGUGUGCUUUUGCCAAAAUGAGUCCUUACAAUAGAAUUUACAGUUUAAGAAUGUGACGCUUUUGCAGAAAAAGGUGUAUUUAGUCAUUAUCUGACGAGGAACACAAUGACAAGAAAACCACCAUUUUUGUACAAUGACCCUGCGUGCCGUCCAACAUAAUUCAAACAAAGCUUAACGGUAGUGUUUUGGGCCAUACGCACGUCGUCGUAGAAGAGAUUUAUUCCAUUAAGAACCAAUAACAGUCAGGAUUGCGUUUAGUAGUGCUUGUAAUGAAGUAGAAAUGUGCUUAAGUAAUGCUGUUUAUGACGUAACCAGUUGCAUCAUAGUUUGCCUUGUAGGUAAAGGUUGAAAUCACAGUACUGUAGCUGAAGGGGUCAUGAUAAACUUAAGGUAGGAUGCUGAUCUUAUGUCCCGAAGUACGUGUGAAACGGUUGUGACAGUUUGAACUGAACUGUAUUCAACACGUGAUCCAAUCCUGCGCAAAAGUCUUGGGUGUGCCAAAUAUCCCAGGGCACGUUUAGUUAUACGCUCGCAGAAAAUGGAAUGCCCCCACCCCCCCAAAGUUGGGGAUUUGGUUUCACGUCAAUUGAGUUCCAAGAUGUGUUAAGUAUAUUAUGCAGUAAUGAUGAGCACACCCUCGUCCGGACAAGCAAUUCCUUUUGCCCGUGCACGCAGUAAUAUUGUCUCUGUCCUGUGGAGGCCGAAGGGAGUCCUGGAAAUGUGAGUCGCUGUGCUUCAUUGGCCUCAUAUGUCUCACACUUGCAUCGUCUGGAGUCCGAGUAUAGUGUGUACCAAUGACUUCCACUUGUAUGUAUAUUGUUUGGAUUCCAGCUUCCAAUCAACAGUUCAAGACUUGGUGUAUCAACUGGCUGAAAAGUUUUUUUGGUAAUGUUAACAUUGCACCAUGUCUAAACUUCAUUCCCAAAUUUAUCACCUGGCCUAAAUGUUUUUUUGUAAUGUUAACAUUGCACCAUGUCUAAACUUCAUUCCCAAAUUUAUCACCUGGCCUAAAUGUUUUUUUGUAAUGUUAACAUUGCACCAUUUCUAAACUUCAUUCCCAAAUUUUAAUCUACAUGACUUGGUGUAUCACCUGUCCAAACUUGAUUCCCAAGUUUGACUCAUCAAGACUUUGUAUCACCAUGUCUAAGUUUGACUCAUCAAGACUUGGUGCAUCAACUGGCCCAAGUGUUAGACUCCACAUCAUGACAAGACUUGGUGCAUCAACUGGCUCAAGUCUGUGAUUCAGAUGUCUAACCUUUAUUCCCAAGUGUAAGACUGACCAAUGUCUUUCUUGUGUAAUAAACCUUCUCUGCAACCA